UUUGAGUUACAGCCGCACUUCGCUGGCUGAUGACAGUAAGGAGGCACGGUUUUUUCGUUUCUGAAAUAUUUCUGCGCAUUCAAAGCUAUACUUAGUGGAUACAUAUUGUGAGGGAUUUACUUCGCUCUAAGUAUGGCUCACCGAAAUCUAAAACAGGUCAACAUUCAAAACAACGCACCGUCGCCGAAACCUCAGCAGCAGUACCGCCAGCAGCAGCAGCAGCAGCAGCACACAAAGCGCAACAUGGACUCUCCAGGCAUGGAGCGAAGGCCGAAUGUUGCGGAUGGGAAAGCCCCACCACCAAAGCCGCCGACGGCUGCCAGCCCUGCGGCAGAGGGGGAGGGUGGAGCCGGAGAGUCGCAGGAGAUGACGCUGGAUAUAAAGAGUUUUAGGAGACCCGGGGAGAAAACCUUCACGCAGCGAUGUAGGUUGUUCAUCGGUAACCUCCCGACAGACCUCACGGAGGAUGAUUUCAAAAAGCUGUUUUCAAAGUAUGGCGAGGCUAACGAGGUGUUUAUCAACCGAGACCGAGGAUUCGGCUUCAUUCGACUGGAAACCAGGACGCUGGCGGAGAUUGCCAAGGCAGAGCUGGACGGCACAGUGCUGGGGAACCGACCUAUCCGGAUCCGCUUCGCCACGCAUGGCUCUGCCCUCACAGUGCGGAACCUUUCGCCCGUGGUCUCCAACGAGCUCCUUGAGGAGGCCUUCUCGGAGUUCGGCCCAGUGGAAAGGGCUAUCGUUGUGGUGGACGACCGUGGAAGGCCCACUGGGAAGGGCUUCGUGGAGUUUGCCAACAAACCUUGUGCUCGUAAAGCCCUGGAUCGCUGUGCUGACGGGGCGCUGCUGCUCACCACGUCUCCUCGGCCUGCCAUAGUGGAACCCACCGAGCAGCUGGAUGAAGAGGAUGGACUCCCAGAGAAGUUGCUGGUGAAAUCUGUACACUACCACAAGGAGAGGGAGCACCCCCCGCGGUUUGCCCAGCCGGGGACAUUUGAGUUUGAGUACUCGUCCCGCUGGAAGGCCCUGGACGAGAUGGAAAAGCAGCAGAGAGACCAGGUUGAGCGCAACAUCCGAGAGGCCAAGGAGAAGCUGGAGCAAGAGAUGGAGGCCGCCAAGCACGAGCAUCAGCUCAUGAUGAUGAGACAAGACCUGAUGAGGCGUCAAGAGGAGCUAAGACGUCUGGAGGAGCUUCGCAACCAGGAGCUGCAGAAACGCAAGAAUAUAGAGAUGAGACAUGAGGAGAGGCGUAGGCAGGAGGAGGAGAUGAUGCAGCGCCAUCGAGAGCAGGAAGAGAUGAGACGCCAACCGGACGGCUUCAAGCCAAACUAUGCGGACAGCAGAGAACAGGAAAUGAGAAUGGGUGAACUGGGCCCUCGUGGAGCCAUUAAUAUGGGAGAUGGGUUUAACCCCGCCUCUGUUGCUGGGGCCAGUGUAAACCAGGGACCCCCUCAAAUGAUGGGCAUAGGCAUAAGCGGAAGGGCCGGAGCCAUGGGCCCCGAGGGAACUCCAAACAUGGGCGCACCAAACAUGAUGCCAGACAAUGGAGCCAUGCUGCGCACCGAUAGGUUCCCCCAGGGGGCUCCUAAUCAGAUUGGUUCGUCCCCCAUGAUAGUCCGUCCAGGUGUCGAGUCCCCUCAGCAGCAACAGGCAGUGGGAGCAGGGCUAAUGGGGGCAGGGCUUAUGGGGGCAGGGCCUGGGCCUGCAGUGGGGGGGCCUGCAAGCUUCGGGAGGGGAAUCCCCGUUGUGGGAAACUAUGAAGGGCCUAACAACAAACGUCGCAGAUACUGAUUGUGUUAUUAUGUUUACAUUUUUUCAACGGUGUACCCCAAGGCUCAAUAUUUGGAUCUCUUGCUUUUCCUUUCUCAUUAUGUAAAAUAACUGAUUUAUUUUCUCGUCAAAUGUUUGUUUUUGUUCUUUUAAUUUGGGCUGAUUAUUUCCCUCAGCUUCUUCAUGUGUCCCGAAUGUUGACUGAGGUGGAAAAAAAUAAUUUUUUAUAUCACAAGCCAGCCCCAAUGUUGAUGCAAAAACACAAAUCUUCAAUGUUGGCCGCCAAAGGCCAAUAUCAACUGCGAUGUAUCUUGAUGUAGUCAGGUCUGUAGGUAAGGUUUAGGCCAAUAUUAACUGUGAUGUAUCUUGAUGUAGGCAGGUCUGUAGAUUUCUUAUAAACUUCUGUAUGAUGUCGUUUCUUGCUUUUUGCUAUCAGUAUCCUAUCCUCCUGUUAUUGUUGUUUUCAGUAGUACCUAGUAACAAUAAGUGAAGACCUGCAUUGCCUCUGCAAUGGUUAGCUUACUUUGAUUUCCUCCCAUCCAUGGAAUGUAUUUCAGGUACAGUGCAUCCUGUAGUAGUUUGUUUGGCUAACUGCAAUAAAACUAUGAAAUGCCAUUUUGUGAAUACUAAGUUGAUUGAAGUUUAAAAAAAUAUAAAAAAAAAAAAAAUAUAUAUAUAUAUAUUUUAUUUGCAAGCUAUAGCACACAAUAUUUUACAAAGCUAGGUUUUAAAGGACCAUAGCGUUUAGUCUGCUUCGUGUUUUCUUUUUUGCCAAGGAAAAUCUGAUAUCGUAGUAUUGUGAUACUGGUAUUGGUACAUUACUAUUGGGUGUAAUUGAUCCUCAACCAGGCAAAAUACCUAUAUCGGAUAUUCUGAUCAAUACACUAGAGUUUAAAUUUGAACCAAUAGGAUACUCUACAUUUUGUUAGUCAUUUCUCAUUCUUUUUCCGUAUAUUUAAAGUUUCUUGCAUUUUAAUUAACUCAACAUUAAAGACAAACUUUUGUGA